AUGGCACUGGACAUGGCUUCUCACUUGUACACAAUUCCACAUCAACGCCUUCACUUUCUUUCUUCUUCUUCUUCCCUUAAACCUCACUUUUACCUCUCUUUCAAACGCAGAAUGCUACAACCCAAAUCCUCAGAAUCCACCGUCCUCGUCCGUUGCACAACCCAGAGCUCCACUGCAGCAACACAAAACAGAUGGACUCUCCAUGGAAAGUCUGCUCUUGUCACCGGCGGCACUCGCGGAAUCGGGCGUGCGAUUGUGGAGGAACUAGCCGGUCUUGGAGCUCAAGUACACACCUGCGCUCGGAAUGAGACGGAGCUCGAUAAUCGUUUAAGAGACUGGAACCGUUCGGGUUUCCGAGUUUCUGGGUCGGUCUGCGAUGUCUCCGAUCGAGCCAAGCGAGAAGCUUUGAUUGAGACUGUGUCGUCUCGCUUUCACGGGAAGCUCCAUAUUCUCGUAAACAAUGUUGGGACGAACAUCAGGAAACCAAUGGUGGAUUUUACUGCUGGGGAAUUUUCAACUCUCAUGUCGACGAAUUUAAAAUCGGUUUUCAAUUUAUGCCAACUUGCUUAUCCGAUGCUUAGAGCAACUGAGUCUGCAAGUGUUGUCUCCAUCUCUUCCGUUUCUGGUUUCGUCUCGCUCAAGAAUAUGUCAGUCCAAUCUGCAACCAAAGGAGCAAUCAAUCAACUUACUAGAAGUUUAGCUUGCGAGUGGGCCAAGGACAAUAUAAGGAUCAAUGCUGUUGCCCCUUGGUAUAUCAAAACAUCUAUGGUGGAACAAGUUCUUAGCAACAAAGACUACCUAGAAGAAGUCUAUUCAGUAACUCCUCUUGGUCGGCUUGGAGAACCGAGAGAGGUGUCUUCAGCAGUGGCGUUUUUAUGCCUCCCAGCAUCAUCGUAUAUUACAGGGCAGAUUAUUUGUGUUGAUGGAGGGAUGUCCAUAAGCGGUUUCUUUCCAAAACAUGAUUAA